AUGGCUUUCCUAUUCGACAAAGUGCACAAAGCAGUGCAUGAAAUUGGCAAUGACCUCAAAGACAAGUUCUCCGACCACGGUCAGAAUCAGAGUGCAGGCGCAAACGAGCAAUAUGGUCAGGAGGGCUCCGACGAGGUUCAUGACACGCAUCGCUUCCAGAGCUUUGCACCACACAGGAUCGGAAACGAAGUCAAGUGGUAUGUCGACGGUGCUGGAUACAUGCAUGCUGUAAGCAUGGCACUUGAACGAGCUCGCGAGUCGAUCUGGAUCAUGGACUGGUGGUUAUCGCCAGAGCUGUACCUCAGACGUCCCCCCGCUCAAAACGAGCAAUAUCGUGUUGACCGUAUGCUGCAAGCUGCAGCCGAAAGGGGUGUUCAAGUCAACGUACUCAUCUACAAGGAAGUCACUCAAGCCUUGACACUCUCUUCAGCACAUACCAAGCAUGCUCUUGAAAAACUACACCCCAAUAUUCGCGUGUUCCGUCAUCCCGAUCAUCUUCCGGACACACAGGUCCUGACUUCGUCUUUCCUAUCAUCUAUACAAGGAAUGAAAAUGACCGCCGCGAAUCUCACCAAGCUACCUGGUGGUGCUAUCAAAUCCAUCUAUGGUAUGAACGAAGAUACUGUGCUCUACUGGGCACAUCACGAAAAGCUGUGCCUCAUCGACAGCCAUAUAGCGUUCAUGGGAGGUUUGGAUUUGUGCUAUGGUCGUUGGGAUACUAAUCAACACUCGAUCGCCGACGCUCACCCUGGUGACUUGAACCAGAUCGUCUUUCCAGGACAGGACUACAACAAUGCACGUAUCCUGGACUUUAGUGACGUCGCACAUUGGGACCAAAACAAACUCGAUCGCCGCUACAACUCGCGCAUGGGUUGGUCUGAUUUGUCCAUCUCUCUUAUGGGACCUGUUGUGGAAGAUCUCCGUAAACACUUCGCCGAGCGUUGGAACUUCAUCUACCGAGAGAAGUACAGCUCUAAGAACAGCGAUGACAGAUAUGCGCCUCUCCAUGUUUCAGAAUCAAGAAUCGGAGUUGUCCAUCACGAGUACCCUUCAGGUCCUGGUGCUCCACUACCAGAACACAUGCGCGAACGCAUGAUGGAACGCUGGGAAGAGAGUCGUGAGCGAAUGGAAGGCUUCAGGGAGCAAGUCAGACACCACUUCCCUACCAGCGAUCACCCGCCACCACCGCCACCCGGGAUGCCUUGCCAGAUCAUGAGAUCCUGUUCUAAAUGGUCUCACGGUACCAGAACUGAACACUCGAUCCAAAAUGCCUAUAUUGAGGUUAUCCGAAACAGUCACCACUUCAUCUACAUUGAAAACCAGUUCUUUAUCACGGCGACUGGUGACUCUCAACGUCCGAUCAAGAACCAGAUUGGUGCUGCUAUAGUCGAACGCAUUGUCCGCGCAGCACGCGAGGGAGAAUCUUAUCAGGUCAUUGUCAUCAUGCCGGCUAUUCCUGCUUUUGCUGGUGACCUGAAGAGUGACGAAGCACUGGGCACGAGAGAGAUCUUGGAGCUCCAGUACGACAGCAUCAAUAGAGGCGGUCACAGCAUCAUGGAGAGUAUUGCGAGAGAAGGCAUUGAUCCCUUGCAAUACAUUCGCUUCUACAAUCUCAGGAACUACGAUCGCAUCAACUCGAGUGGAGCCAUGCGUGAGGCAGAACAGCAAAGUGGUGUGAGCUACGACGAUGCAAGACAAGAUUACGAUCAACGUUAUGGUGGCCAGAGCGAUCAGUAUGCUCAGGAGGGUGCCUACAACAACCAGUAUCAGCAAAACGAUGGAGCCGCUUACGAAGAGCAAGGCGGACAGUACAACCGCUUCCAGCGUUAUCAGCAAGCUACUCAAAAUAUGGGCAACCAUUCAGGCCUUGGUAGCGGACGCUGGGACUCGGUUGCGUCGUGUUACAUGCUCAACGGCGAAGACAUCCGUAACGUGCCAUGGGAAGAUGGUACUACCGACGAGAUGGACGCAUUCGUGUCCGAGCUACUCUACGUACACAGCAAGCUCUUGAUCGCUGACGACCGCGUCGUCAUCUGCGGUUCAGCCAACCUCAACGACCGCAGCCAACUUGGCGACCACGACAGCGAGAUUGCAAUCUGCAUCGAAGACCCUCGCGAAGUCGACUCGUACAUGGCCGGUCGUCCCUGGAGAGCAACCGAGUUCGCAGCCGGUCUUCGUCGCCAAAUCUUUCGUAAACACCUCGGACUGUUACCGCCACAGGAUGUCAGCAGACCCGAUCGAAACUUCGAGCCUAUCGGUGUACCUAAUGCAUACGACUGGGGAAGCCGUGAAGACGAGGCUGUCAUCGAUCCCUUGAGCUCUGACUUUUCAUCUUUGUGGAACGGCACGGCUCGCACAAACACCGAGGCAUUUGAGCGCGUCUUCCAUCCAGUACCCUCGGACAAGGUGCGUAACUGGAAACAGUAUGAUGACUACUUCUCGAGGUUUUUCCCUACCGGUAAGGACGCCAAGGAAGAGAAGGGCAAGGACGCGUCAAAGCCUAGCCAGUGGAAGCUGGGUCAUGUCGUGGCAGAAGAGUUCCCUGGUGGCGUGGCAGAGGUCAAGGACGUGUUGAGCCAGAUUCGUGGUACCCUGGUCGAGAUGCCACUGCUCUUCCUAAAAGAGGAAGACAUUGCGAAGGAAGGUCUUACACUCAACGCCAUGACGGAGGAGAUCUAUACUUGA